AUGUGGCGCGACCGCAUUUCAGGCCAGUCGACUCCCACUGGCGCAAACCGCAAUCCCUCCUUACCCCGGCGAUCCUCCUCCCAACUCUCUCGGAGCCCUUAUGUCGCUCGUCCGGCUCUGACAUCGAGAACCUCGUCCACUUCGCUACUUCUGAGCCCCAAUGAUUCCAGCGCUUCUCUUCCGGGGAUUGGGCGCUCGCCCAAUGGCCUAGGAAAUAGGCAGACAAUUGCUCAGCAGCCGCGCCCGGACGAGAUCCCGGAUCCAUUGGAGGUUUUGAACAAGAUCAUUCGAAAGGAAAAGCAAGAGAAAGGUUCCCCACAAAUAUUGGCGCAACCUGGACCUCGACCUGAAGAGCUGAUCGAAACGAUCGAUUUUGGCGACCUGAGCUUGGAGGAGUUUGUUGCAAGAAGAGGCCAAUCAGCGCGAAAGCCGAGGAGUAAUGACAUGAAUGCGCAAACGGUGCAGCAAUUCGAACAAGAAAGGGAUAAAUUUCAAGGCCUGCACACUUCAAUUAGUGGCUGCGACGAGGUGUCGAAGUCCGUUGAGCUGUAUUUAAGUGAUUUCCAAAGUGAACUGGGAGCGGUGUCCGCGGAGAUCGAAACGCUGCAGACCCGAUCGACCCAAUUGAAUGCGAUGUUGGAAAAUCGGAGAAAUGUCGAAAAGCUACUGGGUCCUGCAGUGGAAGAAAUCAGCCUUUCGCCCAAGGCUGUGCGCACAAUCGCCGACGGUCCUAUGGAUGAGAACUGGGUGCGCGCUUUGAAUGAAAUUGAUGCUCGGACUACAAGUAUCGAGGCCAAAGCUGCUUCCUCAAGCGGACUCAAAGCCGUGGAAGACAUGCGACCGCUUCUCAUUGACGUGAAAAACAAAGCUAUCGAGCGGAUUCGAGACUACUUGGUGGCUCAAAUUCGAGCCAUGCGAUCCCCCAACAUCAAUUCUCAGAUUAUCCAGCAGCAAAGACUGGUCAGAUUCAAGGAUCUUUUUGGAUAUCUUCACAAAGUGCACCCCAAGCUCGCUGGGGAAAUAUGUCAGGCGUAUAUCAACACUAUGCGCUGGUACUAUACCUCCAAUUUUACUCGCUACCUCCAAGCCCUUGAUAAGAUCAAGGUAUAUCCAAGGAGACGAAUAGACAUUCUUCGAAAUGCUCAGCAACCUGCCAUUUCCUCUUACCUCGCAGAGGAGGACCAUGGCUUCCAUGGUAUUGAAGUGCCAUUCCGGAACUUCAAUAUUGCGCUAGUGGAUAAUGUAUCCUCGGAGUACUCGUUCCUGACCGAGUUCUUUGCUCCUUUGACGUACCAGCAAAUUUCACGGAAGGCGGCCGAGCUUUUUGACCAGGUGUUUGCCCUAGGCCAAGCACAGACAAAGAAGCUUAUCGAAAUGACUACCGAUUCCCUGGGGGUCCUUAUGUGUGUUCGGCUUAACCAACAUUCCGCCUUUGAGCUCCAGCGGCGGAAGGUCCCUGUGGCUGAUUCAUACGUGAAUGGAAUCAACAUGCAGCUCUGGCCGCGCUUCCAGGUUAUUAUGGAUCUUCAUGGCGAGUCGCUCAGGCGCGUUGCGUCCAACACAGGCCGCAGCGCAGUCUCGGCCCUCUCGAUUGCUGGUGGGGACGACCUGAAAAACUCAUCGGCGCCCCACUUCCUCACCCAGCGGUUCGGCCAGCUUCUUCACGGCAUUCUCGUUCUCAGCAGUGAUGCCGGUGAUGACGAGCCCGUGUCAAACAGUUUGGCGCGUCUACGCUCGGAGUUUGAUACUCUGUUGACCAAACUCAGUCGGAACGGCACCGAUGCUAAACGUCGAGAGCGUUUUCUUUUUAACAAUUAUUCGUUGAUUCUCACCAUCAUUAGUGUACGUUUCUCUUUGGCGUUUCACUUCUGUACCGCGCUGACCCAUUUCCAGGAUACCCAAGGCAAGUUAGCGACUGAGCAAAGGCAGGUAAGUUCUACUUCUGGCUAUUUCAACCGUGGGCAGUUGCUAAACAAUGUCACAGCAUCUGGAAGAAAUGCUCAAGAACUGCAACAAGCGUUAAUGACAGAGUUGUAA